CAGAUGGGUGGGGGGGCGUGUGGAAACUGAUCCGCCACAGACUCUCUUAACGUACUGUCAAAGCGGAGAGACACGGAAACGCCCUGCCAGUCUCCACAUCUCUGGAGAAACAUCUGAACUGAUUCAACAGGGCACAGGCUGAAGUAGCUGGAGGGACCAGAAACAUCUGAGAUUUGAUUUUGGAAGUAUAGCGGCGCUCAUGGCGCCAGCUCGGCUGCUUUAGGAGGGUCACUUCAGUGGAUUUUAGUGGGAGAAACUCGUCUGUUGUUGGAUGUCAGUCAGAAGAAUGGAUGCGUUCAGAUUGUCCACUGCUAUUCUUCUAGUUCUGUCUUUAUUCAGCUGUGGAAGCGCUAUACAAUUUCCCGACUCCCAUCUGACCCGGAAAUGGGCGAUGCAGAUGCAGGAGGAGCUAGUGCAGUUGAUCGAUGAUGAGACCGGCAUAAAAGAGCUCCAAAAUAUUUUCCUGCAGUUUCGGCAAUAUUAUAACGUGAAGCAAAACGACGCUAAACAGCUGGUGGAAAACGCUGCACUUGAAAUCGAGAAACUUCUUGCCAAUCGUUCCACAGCUCUAAAGGCGCUGGCGACGGCAGCGGAAAACCUGCAGAUGGAGCACCAGUGGAAGGAUGAUCUUGAAGUUGAUGAUACCAUCUACUACAAUGCCAAGGACAAGUUUGACAUCAAUGACAAUGAAACGCGCCAGAACCGCCUCAAGCUAGAAUUCAAAGAGGAUCCUGAUUUCAGACGCCCUGUUUCAUACAACACAACAGCAGUGCACAUUCCCACUGAUAUCUACGAGGGCUCCACUAUAAUCCUGAAUGAGCUAAACUGGACUGCGGGUCUGGAUGACAUCUUUAAGAAGAACAAGGCGGAUGACCCUUCCCUUCUCUGGCAGGUGUUUGGCAGUGCCUCUGGCCUGGCUCGAUACUUCCCAGCUUCCCCAUGGGUUGACACGAGGAACACACCGAACAAGAUUGACCUGUAUGAUGUACGCCGAAGGCCCUGGUAUAUUCAAGGUGCAGCUUCACCUAAAGACAUGUUGAUCCUGGUGGACGCGAGUGGAAGCGUGUCGGGUCUGACACUGAAGCUCAUUCGCACUUCCGUCAGCGAGAUGCUGGAGACUCUCUCCGAUGAUGAUUACGUCAACAUCGUCUCUUUCAACAAUUCGGCCAAGUCGGUCGCCUGCUUUAAAAACCUGGUCCAAGCCAAUGUCCGUAAUAAGAAGAUUCUGAAGGAGGCAGUCCAGAAGAUCACAGCGAAUGGCACCACUGACUAUAAAAUCGGCUUUAAGGAGGCUUUUGGCCAGCUCUCCUCAAUUAAUUUUUCAAGAGCAAACUGUAAUAAAAUCAUCAUGCUAUUCACUGAUGGAGGGGAGGACAGAGCUUCAGAGAUCUUUGACAAUUACAACAGGAAAAAGGAGGUUCGGAUCUUCACCUUUUCUGUGGGCCAGCAUAACUAUGAUAAGACACCAAUUCAAUGGAUGGCUUGCAAUAACAAUGGUUAUUAUUAUGAGAUCCCCUCGAUUGGAGCCAUCAGGAUCAACACCCAGGAGUACCUGGAUGUGUUGGGUAGACCCAUGGUGAAAGAAUAUGACGACGCAAAAACUGUCCAGUGGACCAACGUUUAUGUGGACGCUCUAGAAUUGGGGCUUGUGAUUACAGGCACUCUGCCUGUGUUCAAUAAGACCAGCACCAGUAAAGACAAGAAUAAGGCCCAGAGCCAGUUGAUUUUGGGGGUGAUGGCCAUAGACGUGUCUCUGGAUGACAUCAAGAGACUGACUCCACAUUACACUCUCGGACCAAAUGGAUAUUACUUCGCCAUCGACCCCAACGGCUACGUGCUGCUUCAUCCCAACCUUCAGCCGAAGGAUCUCAAGUCUCAAGAACCCGUGACAUUGGACUUCUUAGAUGCAGAAUUAGAGGAUGAAGUGAAGGUGGAGAUCAGAAGCAGUAUGAUAGAUGGAAACAGUGAUCAAAAGAGAUUCCAAACACUUAUGACGUCUCAAGAUAAGCGUUACAUAGACAGAGGCAUCAGAACCUACACUUGGGCUCCAGUCAAUAAAACAAACUACAGUCUCGCUUUAGUUCUACCUGAUUACAGUGUCAGCUACAUCAAAGCCAAUAUAGUAGACAUCAUCACUCAGGCCAAAUUUUUUGAAAGCCUUCAUUUGGAACACUUUGAAGAGUAUGGACAUACUUUAAUAGCACCCAGAGUUUACUGCUCAGACCUGAAAGUUCAGAGUGACAACCACACACAGUUCCUCACAGACUUCAUUGAGUACAUUGACAUACAUACCCCCAACAACUCGCCGUGUAAUAUGGAGUUAAUAAACAGACUGCUGCUGGACGCUGGAAUCACCGCUGAACUGGCCAAACACUGGAACAAACAGAAGCUGAAUAAAGGAAUCAGGGCUAAGUUUGUGUUGACAGACGGCGGAGUCACUAGAAUCUAUCCUGCGAGUGCUGGUUCAGAAUGGACUGAGCAUGCAGAAACAUACAAGUCCAGUUUCUACAAGAGAAGUCUGGACAACAACAUUUAUGUAUUUACAUCAUCACCAUAUGCAGUCAAUGAUUCUAUUUUAGUGAGCAGAGCGAUGGACCUGAGAGUUGAUGAAUUCCUGCUGAAGCCAGCAGUGGUUGGUGUAAAACUGGAUAAACAGACUUGGAUGGAAAGCUUCAUCAAAGCUACGAUCACGCCCAAAUGUGUUGGCGAAAUAUGUGGGUGCAGGAGGGACGAUAGCAAUCUGGACUGCUUUCUUCUGGAUGAUGGAGGCUUCCUUGUCAUGACCAAUAAGGAUGAUUAUAUCAAUAAGAUCGGACAGUUUUUCGGUAUGAUUGACCCCAGCCUAAUGAGGAAUCUGAUAAACGAAUCCCUGUUCUCCGUCAACAUAACCUACGACUACCAGGCCCUCUGUGAUCCCACCAAAGAAACUAAAGCCGCCGCUGGUCUCAGAUCAGUCUAUGUGCCCACCAUAGCUGACAUCCUGAACAUUGGUUGGUGGGCUUCUGCAGCAGCCUGGUCGAUAUUGCAGCAGUUGUUUGUCAGCAUCACAUUUCCUAACUUCCUUGAGGCAGCGGACCUAGACGAUGACCUGUCUGAGAUGCCAUCUAAAGAGAGUUGCAUUAAAGAGCAGAAACAAUAUUUCUUUGAGAACAAUGAGACAUCUUUUAAGGGGACUAUUGAUUGUCAAAACUGCUCCAGGCAGUUCAUAGCUGAAAAGCUUCCAAAAACAAAUCUGGUGCUUAUUGUUGCCGACUCAAAAGAACCGUGUUGCCAGGCUGAUGAAAGAUUUUUCUCCCAGGAAGAAAAGCCGUCUCCAGGUCCUGAUCCCUGUGAGAUAGCCCUGAACCCACGCUAUCGGAAAGGUCCGCACCAGUGCUUUGACAACAACACAAGUGAGCAGAAUGAGGAUUGCGGUGGGGCGUCAAGUCUGAGUCCAUCUAUCGAGUCCAUGAUCAUCCUCCAGCUGCCGCUGCUCUGGCUUCUGAUUGGACGAGGACACUGCCUCUCGUGACCUCAGCAUAGAGACGCCACACCCCUCUACAAUGAUAAAACAUACAUUUAAACAUUCAUCUGGACUCCCACGCUACAGCCCAGCACAUGGAGGGAGAGGCUCUGACCCAGGAAGUACAAAACCCAAGCCGCGAUCACUCACAGCCUUUGAGGUCAAAGUAGGUCGGAGAUGAUAAAUGAGCAACGACCUUUGACAUUUGACCCGUAAGGUCAGACUCCUUCCUCAUGAGCGACAGGGUGGGCAGACCUUGACACUUCAUCGUCACUUCGCUGUAAAGAAAGGUCCUGUCUUUAAAACGAAAAAAUUAUCCAAUCACAACACUGCCAACCAAAGUUUCGCCCUUUACCGGUGUGAUGCCUUUUUUAACCUACUUGUCCUUCGACAUAUUUACACGGCUAAUUCCUCAGUAUUACAAACUUUUAUGGCUUGCCCUGCUGAGAUUUUUAAAGGAUCCUUCUGGGUUGGGUCAAAAUCCAGCCUUGUUUGUGGUCUGCAGCCCAUUACUGGAAAAGAAAAGGACAAGUGAGCUUGUGACCCGAUGCAAAGGUCUCUUGUUUUUCCCAGUGGUCUCCACCUCUGUGCCUCGGGAAUAUCGGUUUCAUUUCUGACCGCUGUUUCGAGUGAACAGUACCUCCCUCUCUUUGUCCGUGGGUACCUGUAUUCACAAUUUUUUAUCGGCCCAUAGUGCGUUUCAGAUGCACCCAGCUGCCAAACCUUACCUUGUGUGUGGUGUUGCUGUACUUUGCCCUUGAUGCCAAGCAGGUCGUGUGGCCAAGCAGCCCUUUGGUUCUCAUUCAGGGCUUUUUAAAUGACAGCCGAUUCGUAUCGACCUAAAAGCUUGCUGUGUGUGUUUUUGGUGCGUUAGCUGUUUAUUUGAGAUGGUUUAAAGUAAUGCAAAUGAGCGAAGAGUUUUCUGCUGUAUGUUUAAUGUGGAGUUUUAUGUGCUCUGUUUAAUGUAUGUGUGUGGAUAUGUAGUUACUGACUGGUGAAAGGCGUUUAUGACAUAGUUGCUCUUUCCCAUGUUUUAAUUUCAUCUGGAGAACUCAGAAAGGUGGAAAGAAUAUUAUCUAAUGUUUACAGAUAUUUUGAGAUGCUCGGGAGUUUUUAUAAGAAAUGUUGGGCCUGGUUGUGCUGUCUGAGUCUCUAAUGUGUCGUUUUUCACUUUAAUGUCAGAGGCAGAGCUCUGUCAGCCUUUUUUUUUUUCUGUCAACGUGCCUUGAUGUGAAUGGUUUCAUAUAAAAUUAAGCAAAGGAAUAUCACAAUGUGCAAUCUGACCCAGAGAAAUGCUAAAUAUCAUCAUUCUGAUCUGAUGAAAAAUUUAACUUCUGUCCCUUUAAGAGGUCCUGACUGGAUCUUUGUGCCUCAUUGAAAUCUUGGCCAAAAUUCAACAUUUAUGGAAUAAUUAAGAUUUUGAGAAGAGACAAGAAUACUUAUGGAAGCCCUGGACUGCUCACAUAUUGAAUGUUAUAAAAAUAUUUUUCAGCGUUAUAUUUGUUUAAUAUUCAUAAUAAUAAUAUAUAUAUUUAAAUAAUUAUUAUGUCUGUAAAAAAGCCAAGCUACCUUUUUUUUUAAUUGAAGUAUUCAGUUCAAAGUUUUUUUUCUGUUUUGAAGAGAAGGAGGGAUGCCUAAUGCUUAGCCAGUACCCAAUAUAUUCAAUAUUGUAUUGAUUAUGAAAUAUGGUGAUUAAUUAAUAGCAAACAGAUGAUUUCUGCAAGUAAUAAUGGGCUUUUGGCUUAUGUACAAAAUCAUUUGGGUAUCUGUCAGAGCUGAUUACCAUCGUGUUCUUUCUAAUUUUAGAAGAGUAGACAAACAGGAAAUUAAAAAAAAAAAAAACAUGAAGACACACAACAUCAAAUCCAGAAUGGAAAGUGAAUUUUAGUGAGCAACAUCUCUGCUACUUUAUGCAUCAUUUCCUCUGUACACAGGAAACGGUUUUGGUAAUGCACCUGAAAACAACAUGAUUGGACUUUGUGGAUUUGGCUUGCGUUGAAAAGCCAUUCUUCUCAAACUCUUUCCAUGAUUUAUCACUGUAAUCAGACAAGCAUUCUAGAUGUGAUGUGCAUUAAAUCAGUGUAUGAUAAAAAAAAAAAAAAAAGAAAAGAACAUCGUAGUUAAUUGGCUGUCAACAUGAGAAAUUAUUGAAAACAUUUCCAGUUCCAGACUGUUAACUCAAAGAAUUACCCACGUUAAUUCCCAGCAAAAGUAAUGUCAUCUUGUUCAUCUAUACUAAGUAUAAAGUACAUAUUUGAAAUACUGUAUCCCAUAAUGCAAUGCAUCCAACUUGACCUUCUUUUAAAAAAAAACUAAACAAAAAUUUACAUAUUUAUACAAAUCAGUACACAUUGUUUCCCAUCUGAUGAUGUCACAAUGUAGGAUUCUACUGUUUAAAAAGUGCAUAUGAAAAUUUAGGACUCGGACCUUAAAGGCGUGAAAGGUGCAAUUACAUUUAGCAAAAUUGCACUGGAAAAAAUCGAGUUAUUUCAGUAGGAAUCUGUGCGAUCUUGAGCUUCGUAUGAGGACGGUAGCAGAUUUUGUGAAUAUUUGCUGGCUUUGAAAGUCAGCUGUGCUUCAUACGUCAUUACAUUACCGACAAAGGACUUUUUUGCUAAAUCUCGCUGAAAUUUCGUUAAUGUGACCUCACCUUAACAUUCACUGCCUUUUUCACUGAGCUCAGAUGCUGUCACCUCAGGAACAGAAAAUUGCUAAAUGUGAUUUAAAAAGCUGUCUCUCUGCUCUGUUUGGGUUUUGAUCUCUGGAAUUGUCUGAUAGUGUGAAGUGUGUUUUAAGUGGUCAGUCAGAUCCUGCUGCCUCCACUUGUCUCCUGGCUGACCGUUAGUCUGCAUCAGUCAGUUUUUGGAGGACUUAUCCCUAGGCUUAUUUUCAGCCCCCUUAACUGUACUGUCAUCCAGUGGUUCACAUCUGGUUUUGCUUCAAGAACCAGAUUUCAAGUGGUGACCCAAACAAUACCAAACGUAACCUUCAUUUAAUGUAGUCUGUUUUUUUAAACCACACAUAGUUUUGUUCAUGGUUUUUGAACAAUUUCAAACAGCCGUGUUGUCAUCGGCCUAAUUUGUUUAAAUAGCUUCUAGUAAAAUGACAAAUUAAAUUACGCCAAAGUAUUUGACGUCAACUAAAAAAAAAAGAUAUAGGAAGCAUUUACUCUUUCUUUUAAAAAGCUGAUGUUUAGACGUGCAGUCUUUUACGGAGCCCC